CCCCGCGUCACCCAGCAGGGAAGUGAUGUCAGGCACGUCCAGCGGAGCUGCUGAACAGGGUCCUCAGAGAGAGCAGACAAGGCAGCCGGAGGAAGAAGACUCAAUCCGGAUCCUGAAAGUAACCUACUCUAAAUCCGUUUUCAUCCGUGGAGAUUUAAAGUAUAUCGGCGAAGAAAACACCAGGAGCAGAAAGUACAAAGACUAACCUUUUCAGCGACCAUCGUAUUGUCGCAUUAUGAGGUUAGGAGUACUUUAAAACAAGAGGCGAAAGAUUGUGAGUCUCGACUUCAUCCGGCGACAGUGCACAGAAGAGCCAGUCCUUCGCUUAAACAGAGCUUUUGCGUUGGAUGGUUUCGCCCGUCGUGCUUUUAAACAAGUCCCAGCUCUAAACCUGACCGUUUUUUGCCUGUUUCUGUGCUAGCGAGCGUGCUUGCUAGCCAACUGAAGCUUGCUUACCAUGGAGUUGAGAGUGGGUAACCGAUACAGACUGGGCAGGAAAAUUGGAAGUGGAUCUUUUGGAGACAUCUACCUCGGUACUGAUAUCUCUGUUGGAGAGGAGGUUGCCAUCAAAUUGGAAUGUGUCAAGACCAAACACCCACAGCUCCACAUAGAGAGCAAAAUCUACAAGAUGAUGCAGGGUGGAGUGGGUAUUCCGACAAUAAAAUGGUGCGGCGCUGAGGGUGACUACAACGUGAUGGUGAUGGAGCUGCUGGGUCCCAGUCUGGAGGACUUGUUCAACUUCUGCUCUCGCAAGUUCAGCCUCAAGACAGUCCUGCUGCUGGCUGACCAGAUGAUCAGCCGAAUUGAAUACAUCCACUCCAAGAACUUCAUCCACAGAGACGUAAAGCCAGACAACUUCCUGAUGGGCCUGGGUAAGAAAGGAAACCUCGUCUACAUCAUUGAUUUUGGCCUGGCCAAGAAAUAUCGCGACGCACGCACACACCAGCACAUCCCCUACCGCGAGAACAAGAACCUGACAGGCACCGCUCGCUACGCCUCCAUCAACACACAUCUGGGCAUCGAGCAGUCCAGACGGGAUGACUUGGAGUCACUGGGAUACGUCCUUAUGUACUUCAACCUGGGUUCUCUGCCUUGGCAAGGCCUUAAAGCUGCCACCAAGAGGCAGAAAUAUGAACGCAUCAGUGAGAAAAAAAUGUCGACACCCAUUGAGGUCCUCUGCAAAGGCUACCCAUCGGAGUUUGCCACCUACCUGAACUUCUGCCGCUCUCUGCGGUUUGACGAUAAGCCCGACUACUCGUACCUGCGCCAGCUCUUCAGGAACCUCUUCCACAGACAGGGGUUCUCCUACGACUAUGUCUUUGACUGGAACAUGCUGAAAUUUGGUGCCAACAGAGCCGCGGAGGAUGCAGAGAGGGAGCGCCGGGAGCGGGAAGAGAGGAUGAGGCACAACAGGAACCCCGGGGCUAGAGGCAUGGCCUCGGCCUCAGGAAGACCCAGAGCACCUCAGGAUGUCGCAGCCCCCUCUCCACUCAACCCUUCCUCACACACAGGUAUGGAAAAGGAGAGAAAAGUGAGCAUGCGUCUUCACCGGGGAGCCCCCGUCAACAUCUCCUCGUCAGACCUGACGGGACGCCAGGAAACAUCCCGCAUGUCCUCACAGGCUCUGUCCCGGGCCACACCCAGCGGCCUCCAGUCUGCAGCCCCUCGGUGAAACCCCAUCCAACUGUGCACCAUGGAGGCCUCAACAUGCACCACUUGCAGCCACGCACACACACAGACACACACAGACACACAUGAACAAGGACUCUUCAGAUGACACGGAGGACUUACCAACCAGUGCACAAGUAUCUGGCUGCGCUCCUGUUCACUUGACAGAAGAAGAGGCGCACAGCCAGACGUGUGAGUGUGUGUGUGUGUCUGUGUGUGUGACGAGGAGAGAGAGAUGGGCAGGUGGAGCACAGUUUGGUUGCCUUAACAACAAUUCUGGCAAAGUAGCAGCCGCAGCAUCUCUUCUUCUUCUCCGUGGGAAGAUUUGGAAACCCCCCCCCCUCCUCCGCCUGCCUCCUCCUCACUGUUGAUGAAGCCAUGGAUUCACUUCUCUCUAGCAUCACCUUCAUUUUUUUUCUCCUCCCAACUUUUGAUUUUACUUAUUUUUAAUCAUUAAAAAUUCUACUACACCAGCUGUUCAGACUUAAGAGAGAAUGACGAGUCUGUUAGCUGCAACCUGUGGGAUUUAUUAAACCUACCAGAGACACGUGAUCCAUCGUGGCAGUGUUGAAGAACAGGGCCUAAACUCUAUUUUUGUGUCCUGAAAGACUCUUUAAAUCCCACAAGUGGACAUUUUUCUUUUAUUUUGUAUUUUAGGUGUUUGAGGUUUAACUUUACAGUUACAGUAACGGGGUUUAAUUGUUCUCUCUGCAAUGAUCCCAUGGUAUGAGUAGUUUGUUUUUUUUGUUUUUUUGUCUUUGUCCACCUCAGGUGCGUUGCAACCAGGACGUUGUAGUAUCAUACAACAUACAGCACAUAUAGUUUGUCUUCAGGUCUGUGGCUGCGGUGGGAAAAGCUGUGAAUGAAACGAUGAUCUAGUCGGGAGGCUGGUGUGUGCGCACUGAAUGGAUGAGACAUUGUUUUUAAACUCAGUGCAUAGUGAUGUGGUUUUUGUGUGUUUGUGUGGUUCUGUCUUAGGGUUAUCUUAGGGUCAUACAAGCUUAAAAUGGGUGUGGGAUAAACAUGUUGAGAGUUUUUUCUUUUUUUUUAAACUCCUUUGCCUCAUCAACCUCAUUCUAGACCAUCUGCUUCCAAAGACUUCUCUUUGUUUUUGUUUGUUUUGUUUCAAGCAUACUUUUGACGGCUUUCUUCAUAAACACCAAUAAACACUCGUGGAUGAUUUCAACCAAAAUUCACAGGAUGUUGCAGCCUCCUUGUCUCCAUGUGUGUCUCUAGCAGAAGCCACAAAAAUGAGCCCCACAAGAGCUUAAAGAGUGAGUUUCAGUGAACUCGUGGUCAGAAUCCCACCAAAACUGCACGAUAGAAACGUAACAAUGUAUUCGUUAUAUUGGAGGAAAGGCUCCAAGGCAAAUUGAGUGAGUUAUCUUUUACUGAUACCCAGUUUAAUACUGAGUGUGCCAUUGCAAAGUAUUUCACAGCAUGGUUGCACAGUGCAGAAGAAGCCACUUGGUUUUGCCUUAAAGGGGGCGUUUCACAGUUUUUAGAGUCUACGGGGAGAACUACUAAAACUGAAAACAUGCUUUCACUUUCAAAGCAGUUUUCAUACAUGCGCUGCAGCCCUGAACAUUUCUAGACAUCACUCAGCAGAGAUCACACAUCAGCCACUCUUUAGCCUCCCAGCUCUUCAAUAUACAGUCCACGUGCUGUUGCACUGUGUGGAUUUGUAGCUAAUUUUCUGGUGUAUUCCCCACCAGCGGGUGGACAUUGUGUGCUGCUUCCAGAAUGCUCUUGGUCAGCUCCCUCGCCUAAACCAAGCUGAACAUUUCCAGAAGUCUGAAAGCAUCUUGAGCAGACUUCCCCGCUGUGUGUUACAUGUGCGAAUUGUUGGCAGGUCGUUGUGCAGGCGACUGUAAGUUUUAAGCAUUCAUCUUUAAAUCUGUUUUUGCAAGUGCCACAACUUUAUGGGAGCUAAAGACUAAAUUACUGACUGGGCUUACCUUUUUAAGAAGGUAGAUUCUGGGAAUGUAUUUUCUGCCACUAGAAAGCUAAAAAAAAAAAAGCCUCCUCGGAUGUUAUGGCCUCAGUUGAACCUUCUUGGGAAACAGGUGGUAUUUGAGGCUGCGUUAUUUUUUCCCCAUUUAAAAUUCUACUGUGUGACCUAUGUUGCAAUGACUUCUAAAGUAGCUGGCAUAGAUGGAGCUUGAGUUAAAAAAAAAUGUGUAAUAGAUCCAAUAGAGCUCAUUAGUUUAAGUCUGAUGCUGACCGUUUCAGAGGGUCUGGCAAAUGAUGUGCAAGUUUGUGUAGAAAACGGACAGGAGUGGUUUAAAAAAGAUGACCAAUGAACAAGAAGGAAGUGUUAUCUUAAUUAAAAAAAACAAAAAAAAGUGUGUGUUUGGGGGGGGGGGGGGGGGGGGGUGUCUUGGCUGAGUCCCAGUGGUACUAAAAGUGGCUCCUCUGACUUGAUCUGAAUCAUGCACAUUUUAAAGUAGAAAACUGUCCACUGAUUGCAAAGUAAUGUAGGCCAAUUUUGUGUAGUUAAUGGGGGAAGGGGUUGUUGUGGUAAUUUGUACUUGUUUGCUCUGUUGUUGUGUAUAGAUUGUACCUACUCUGUCUACCAGGUCCACACGAACCACUGUACGGUUUUGGACGGUGGCGACAGUGUAUGGAUGGAAUGGGAACGCCUCACUCCAUUAGAGUUCCUGCUCGGGCAGUUUUUCUUUUUUGAUAUCCUUCACCUGUGGGCUUGAAAAUCAAAAAAGUGAUGCAUUAACUCGUUUGUUCCACUGAUGGCUAUAAUAAAUGCAAGUACAAUUUACAUGGGAUGAGUUUUGCAGUCUGCUUCACGCAGUUCUUUCUUAUUUUUGUCAGUUUUGCUUUUAACUGUUGGAGAUGGUUCCUCGUGUCCCAAACUGCAUCUUUCUGUGGAGUCAUGGGAGAUCAUUUCUUUUCACUCCCACCUCAAAACCUUUGCUCCUCAUUUGUAAUGCCACUGUAUUUGUGUAUUUUAAAGUUGUUUAAAUAAAUUAAGUACUUGUA